UUGUGUGGUGGACAAUGAGGGCCUGAGGUGUGGGGCUUAAAAAGGAUAGGCAUACUGUUUAACAGCCAGCAACUCUGGAGCGAGACUGGCCAAACUGAAGCUCCUGGAUAUUUAGGGUGACCCUGAGCUUCAAGGAGCAUCAACAAUGCUGUAUACUUUAGCUGGAGGUGGCACCCUGUGCGGCGUGGCCGCCCUGGUGCUUCUCAUCGUUUCUACGGCAACAGAUUUCUGGAUGCACUACCGCUAUUCAGGUAGCUCAGCCAAUCAAGGGCUUUGGAGGUUCUGCAUCAACCACAAAUGCCAUGCUCACACAAUGACUGUAGCCUUCUGGGAUGCCACCAGGGCUUUCAUGCUUCUGGCAGUGCUGAGCUGUUUUGCUGGCAUUGUGCUGGGCCUUAGCGCCUUCACCAAUGGAACCAAGAACAGAAGGGUCCGGACAGGAGGCAUCGCUCUGGUUCUCUCAGGUUUUCUUGCUCUGCUGGCUUUGGCUGUUUACACAGGAGUGACCGUCACUUUCUUUGGGAAACGCUUUCUGGACUGGCGUUUUUCCUGGUCCUACAUCAUAGGCUGGGUGGCUGCCAUUUUGGCUUUUGCAGCAGGUGUGUUUCAGCUCUGUGCCUAUCGGCAGACCUCUGCUGCACUCCCUCCUCCAAAUAACCCGGAGAGCUGAACAGGAAAAGCACACAGAUGGUCCUCCAGACUGUUGGAAUGAAGAUCAUUGCUGCUUUCGCUUCCUAGGAGUGU